GCUUUUUUAAGAAUGUUUGUCGGAAGGCGAUACAUGCAGUUCUAACUAAGAGGAACACGAGGUGAAAUAUAUCAGCGUACUACGAUGGAUAAUUCGUUGGAAAAUUAUGUGAAAAUUGACGAUGAUUUUGAGGGUUAUCCUUUACAUCUAUUUUGUGUACCUAAACACUAUGAAGACGAUCUUCAAUCUAUUUUGAUCCCAAAGGGAUGCGUUGACGAUAGAAUCGAACGUUUGGCACGUAAUAUUUGCGAAGAACUGGGUAAAGAGCCUACGGUUGCUCUCUGUGUAUUGAAAGGAGGAUACAAGUUCUAUACGGAUCUAUUGGAUAAGAUACAAGCUUUAGGGAGAACAUCUUCCGUUUCUAUGCCAAUUUCUUUAGAUUUUAUUCGUCUAAAGAGUUAUCAUAAUGAUCAAUCUACGGGUGAAAUUCAAGUUAUAGGUGGAGACAAUUUAGAGAACUUGCAGGGAAAGAAUGUGUUAAUUUGUGAGGAUAUAGUUGACACAGGACGUACAAUGACGAAAUUGUUAAGUCUAUUAGACAAAUAUAAGCCCAAGAAAGUAAGAGUUGCUAGCUUGUUUGUCAAACGGACCACCAGCAGUAUUUAUAGACCUGAAUAUGUUGGUUUCGAGAUCCCUGACAAAUUCAUAGUCGGCUAUGCUCUUGACUACAAUGAGCACUUUCGUGAUUUAUCUCACAUUUGUGUCAUCAAUGAGCAAGGAAAAAGAAAAUAUGCUUCUAAGUAA